GCUCACUCUGCUUCUAUCUAUUAUUACACCAGAGCUGCAGAGCGUGUGGAGGAUGUGUUGCAACACCAUCAGAGGGCUCUGAGCAGUAUUUGGGAUAUUGUCUAUAAUUACUAUCUAAAGGACGUAACACAAAAUAUCAUAUUUGGAAAAACAGCUUAGUGACCAUGCCAGAGGAGAAAGUGUUCCAGCAGCAGGCUGUCCACAGCCCUCUGGAGCAGCAGAAGCAGAAACAAAAGCCAGGCGGAGGAGGACCCAUCCCCUGUCAGAACUGUGGGAAGCCGUGCAAAGGAGAGGCGCUCCGGGUCCAGAACAAACACUUCCACAUCAAGUGCUUCGUCUGUAAAAUAUGUGGUUGUGAACUGGCACAGGGUGGCUUUUUCGUGCGGCAGGGAGACUACAUCUGUACUCUGGACUACCAGCGACUGUAUGGGACUCGUUGCUUCAGCUGCCAGGACUUCAUCGAGGGGGAGGUGGUGUCCGCCCUGGGAAAGACCUACCACCCCCGCUGCUUUGUCUGCGCCUCCUGCAAACAGCCGUUCCCUGCCGGCGACAGAGUGACAUUUAAUGGGAAGGAGUGUAUCUGCCAAAAAUGUACCCAGCCUCUUCCUGCCAACAGCCCUGCACCCAUACAAGCCGUCCACAACUGCUGCGGUUGUGGGAAGGAGUUUAAGAAUGAGCAGUCUCUUGUAGCGCUGGACAAGCACUGGCACCUGGGCUGCUUCAAAUGUAAAGUCUGCAACAAGGUGCUCAAUGCCGAGUACAUCAGCAAGGAUGGAAUCCCCUUCUGUGAGAUGGAUUACCACGCCAUGUUUGGCAUCCAGUGUGAGAGCUGCAAGAAGUACAUCACUGGAAAAGUCCUUGAGGCUGGAGAGAAGCAUUACCACCCCUCAUGUGCCCGCUGUGCCCGCUGUGAGCAGAUGUUUGCAGAGGGAGAAGAAAUGUACCUCCAAGGAUCUUCUAUCUGGCAUCCUCCAUGCAGACAAGCAGCAAAGCAGGAGGAGAAGAGUAAGGUGACCCGGACUUCAUCUGAAAGCAUCACUUCUGUCCCAGCAUCCAGCGCCUCGGGCUCUCCCAGCAGAGUCAUCUAUGCCAAACUAGGAGAGGAGAUGCUGGACUACAAGGACCUGGCAGCCCUUCCAAAGACCAAGGCCAUCUACAACAUAGACAGACCUGACAUGCUGUCCUACUCUCCAUACGUCAGCUAUCCGUCUGAGGAGAGGCACUAUGGAGAGUCCCCCCAGCAGCUUUCACCUACUCCUACUGAGGGCGAUGGGGAGAAGUCGCCACGACAGCGAAGGCCCUCCAGCCCCAGCUCUAACAGCUCCCUGGGGGGCUACGGACGCUACACCCCGUGCCGUUCCCCCCAGAAUUACAGCCGACCAGGGCCAGAGGUAUACCUUGGUGGUAGACACAGCAGCCAAGGCCAUGAGCCCAGUUCUGUCCCUCUGCCUCCACCCCCCAUGGGUGCCAAUAAGUCCCCCUCCACCUGGGCCAAGGACUCUUCUUCCCUCCCUGUGAACUAUCCUGCUGGGGCUGGUGGUAGUGGCAAGUACUCACCCACACCAGUUGGUGGCAGUGCAGGCUUGUCUUUUCACCUAAACCCAACCACCCUGGCCAUGCUGCAGCAGCACAACUACAUCCCUUACUUCAGAGGUAGUGAAAGUGGUCGGAGUACCCCCAGCCUAUCCACCUAUUCUGAUGGCAAAUCCCCUUCCUCUACUUCCACUUACGUGGCUGCUCCCCGGCAUUUCCAUGUACCAGAGACUCUGGUCAAAGAUAAUAUCUAUAGAAAACCCCCCAUCUACAAACAGCAUGCUUCUAGAACAUCUUGGCAGGAUGGGGAGGAUAGCAAGAGGACCAGUUGGAUGAUCUUGAAGAGUGAGAUUGAUGGACACAUGGGUGUAGAAGACGUGGAUCCCCGCAAAUCGACCUGCAGCCUGCCCACUGAUACUUCCGAGCCUAAUUUCCCCUACAAUAAGUCUGCAUCCUUACCCGGCUAUGGAAGGAACGGCAUCUACAAGGCUGCUGAGAUGGUGGAGGAUGAAGUGGAUCCAGACUCUCAGAGCUGGGGAGGCAUGAGAGAAUACAAGAUUUACCCUUAUGAACUUCUGGCAGUGACGCAUAGAGUGAAAGUGAAGCUUCCCAGAGAAGUAGACCGCACCAGACUGGAGAGGCAUCUAUCUCCUGAGGACUUCAUGCAGGUUUUCGGCAUGACCCUGGAUCAGUUCGACCGCCUGGCCCUGUGGAAGAAGAACGACAUGAAGAAGAAGGCACGCCUUUUUUAAACCGAAAAAAAAAAAAGCAUCUCAGCAAGCAUCCGUCCUGUGUGGGAGGAAGCACAAAAGAAAAACCAACCCAUUUGAAAUAUCUAUACAUGCACCACCAUUAUACCCCUUCUUUCCAUCUGUAAAUUGUCCUGCCACCUGCCUGUGAUGCCACAGGGAGGCGCUCCGUGCAGGAACAUUUUCAUGAUGUGGCAGCAUCCGAAGCUUUUUGUAUGCAAUGUGGUCCGAAUGUUUGACGUCCAACCUUCCAGAAGAGGACGAGGAGCUGUGUUUGCAUGGCCUGUGUUGAUGCUCCUCGCCUCCCAUGAGGUUUCUGCAUCCUCCCGCCCAUCUCAGUGCUUUCAUAGACCCUGGUAAAAUCAUAACUUACUGAUUACAAAUAUCUCAGACAGGUCUUCCCCAGGUUUCUGGCUGUUUCUAUCUUAAGUUUCACAUCAGCAACUAGAUGGUUUCCAUCCUCUUAUCAGUCUGUACAUAUCUGUUUGAUGCUCUGCCCUUUCUUUCUCACUGUCUUUACAUCAUUUUAAAGGAACACUCCACCGU